AUGUGUUUUUUGGGUAUAGAUGCACCAUUAAGAACCAAUGAGUCUUUUCGUCUUAAGAGUGAUGAAAAUUAUCAUAAAGGUCCUUGCCCAUUUGAAGAAUUACCCAUUGACAUUACUUCAGUUGUAGUAUUAGAAUAUAUGCACAAUGUUUGUCUAGGGAUUAUGAAAAGGCUUUUACAAUUCUGGAAAAAUGGCCAAAAACCUGUUCGCUUCUUAAAUAAAGAUUGUGAACAACAAAUUUCAAAAGAACUAGUUAACUUACACCCACAUUUACCCUCUGAAUUUAAUCGUUUGACUCGAUCAAUGGAUGAAAUUGAAUAUUGGAAGGCAACUGAGUAUCGUACAUUUUUAUUAUAUACAGGUCAUAUUCUGUUAAAAGGCCAGAUAAAAUCUUCUCUCUAUCAACAUUUUUUACUUCUACAUAGUGCAAUUAAAAUAUUAAUCUCUAUUGUAACUUGUUUUUCCUUAAAUGACCUGGCCAAUAAUUUAUUAAAACAAUUUGUUCAAGAUUACCCUAAUUUAUAUGGAGAGGAAUAUGUAUCGUAUAACGUUCACGGACUAAUACAUUUAUCUAGUUUUGUAAAAAUACACGGUCCACUUGACCACUUUAGUGCGUUUAAGUUUGAAAAUUAUUUGCAAAUAAUUAAAAAAACCAUUCAUAGUGCAAAAUGUCCCCUACAAGAUGUUUAUAAUAGAGUCAUUGAGCAAACAUUUUAUUCAGAUAAUGUUAUUGUAUCUGUUGAAAAAAUUAUGCAAUAUAGUAAUGGGAAAAUUGUUCUUGAAGUUAAUCAAUAUGCAAACAUUUCUCCUAUUUUUACUAGUCCUUUGUCAUCAGAUGUCAUAGGAAAUUAUUAUGUGAAUACGGAACAAAAAAUCAAGCAGUAG